AUGAGCAAAUGUAAAGUAAAGGAGGAGGAACAAAAUGUCCAAACUCCAAUGGGUAUCUCUAAAUCGACAGUUUCUAAACCAAGUAGGAGGAAGGUUUUGUUAGAGAUUCAAUCCUUUCAAUCUGCUUAUUUAAAAGUGGUGAGUAAAUUCUUAAAAGCCUUGCAUAGCCUCCAAUUGGCUCAACUUCACCCACAGAAUAAGUGUCUCCCAUCCUAUCCAUUUGUCCUAUAGUAUUCAUUCAAUGAAUUCUUGGUACAUUUGGGUGGACAUAAAAUGGAUUUUUAGAAUGUCCCUGUUUUGGAGGCUAUCCAAUAAUAACAUCAUAUCUAGUAGAGUGAACCAAAAUUAAUCACUUAAUAAUGUCCAACGAUUAGACUGAGUAUCUAAAAACGAAAAGGAUUUUCAAGUCAAGAAUAAAAGGAUACCAAAAACAUCCCCAAGAAUUAUUGUAAGGCUAUUAUUACCUUCGCUACAAAGCACCAAGCACUUUGUCAUCAAAUAUUGGGAGACUAGUUGAAAGUAGUCAAGUUUUUAGAAAGAAUAACAGUCUACAAGAAGAAGUUGAUGAAUAUUCGCAUUUUCAGUGGAUUGCUAUCUUAAUCAGAGGACCCUACUGAGGAGGAAUUCAAUCAAACUUUCAGAAUUUUGAGUCGUAUAUUCGUUAAGAAGUACGCAAUUAAUUAUAUAUUUAAUUCAAAGAUAGUCUAGCACAAUUGGCAUCUUCAAUAUCGUCAGUAGAUAUACAAAGGUAUCAAAAAUCCUAAGAACUUCUCCCAUAUCAAGAAAUUAUGAUAUAUUUAGUAUAUUUGAUUCUAAAUUAAAAUCGAAGAUUAUUUUUUUUUA